UAGACCUUCGCCAUCAGCAUCGCCAUGUCGGAGACCGCUCCCGCCGCGCCCGCCGCUGCGCCCCCCGCGGAGAAGACCCCCGUGAAGAAGAAGGCGGCCAAGAAGCCCUCCGGGGUGCGCCGCAAGGCGUCCGGGCCGCCCGUGUCCGAGCUCAUCACCAAGGCGGUCGCCGCCUCCAAGGAGCGCAGCGGCGUGUCGCUGGCCGCGCUCAAGAAGGCGCUGGCGGCCGCGGGCUACGACGUGGACAAGAACAACAGCCGCAUCAAGCUGGGCCUCAGGAGCCUGGUGAGCAAGGGCACCCUGGUGCAGACCAAGGGCACCGGCGCCUCGGGCUCCUUCAAGCUCAACAAGAAGGCGGCCUCCGGGGAGGCCAAGCCCAAGGCCAAGAAGGCGGGCGCGGCCAAGCCCAGGAAGCCCGCGGGCGCGGCCAAGAAGCCCAAGAAGCCCGCGGGGUCCGCCACCCCCAAGAAGAGCGCCAAGAAGACCCCGAAGAAGCCCAAGAAGCCGGCGGCGGGGGCGGGAGCCAAGAAAGCCGCCAAGAGCCCCAAGAAGGCGAAGGCCGCCAAGCCCAAGAAGCCGGCGAAGAGCCCGGCCAAGGCCGUGAAGUCCAAGGCCGCCAAGCCCAAGGCCGCCAAGCCCAAGAAGGCGGCCCCCAAGAAGAAGUAGGCUCACACCCGCUUCUACAACCCAAAACGGCUCUUUUCAGAGCCACCA